AUGUCCGCCGCUAGAUCGCUUCUCCUCUACGUUGCCGGCACCCCGAACAGCUGGAGGGCGGCCGUUUUUGUCGAAGAGCUCAAGGCCGCAUACGGCGCCAAGGCUCCCGCAUUCGAAAUUGAGAGGAUCGACAUCACCAAGGGUACUCAGAAGGAGCCAUGGUUCCUCAAGAUCAACCCGAACGGACGCCUCCCAGCGCUGGUCGACCGCAUUCGGGACAGCUAUCCCGUCUUCGAGAGCGCCGCGAUUCAGUUGUACCUCGCCGAGCACUACGACAAGGAGCGCAAGCUCUCGUUCGACCCUGCUACUGAGUCAAAUGACUACACUGAUAUGCUCCAGUGGAUCUUCUUCGCGCAUGCGCAUGUCAGCCCGACGACGGGCGAGGCGUUCUUCUACAACAUGUUUGCACCCGAGAAGAUCCCUUUCUCCAUCAAGCGCUACCACGAUGAGGCUCUGCGUGUAUUCGGGGUACUUGACACGCGCCUGAAGGGCCGCGACUACCUCGCGGGCCCUGGCAAGGGCAAAUUCUCGGUCGCCGAUACCAACGUCUUUCCUGUCGUCAAGACUUCUCCGUACAUCGGUAUUAACUUGGACGAGUUCCCUGACCUGAAGGCAUGGGUGGAAAGGAUCAGCGCUCGCCCGGGCGCACAGGCUGGCAUGGAGGCAGUUCCUCUCCACCGUGGACCGCCGCCCAAGUAG